AUGAUGGAAGACGACGACGUAAUCAUAAUCGGAGAACGUCGAGUGGGUGAUGACGAUGUAGUUAUAGUCGAAGAACGUCAUUUGGAUCCUCUGGAGCAGUGGGUUCGUAGAGUGAACCGUCCACUGCCGGAAAUCACUCUCGAAUUCAUGCUGAAGGUGAUGGGACAUCCUGAAUAUCGCCUAUUUAUGAUCAAAAACCUUUUGGCCCUCGACGACUUGGACGAGAAGAAGCUGGCCAAGGCGAUGCUGGAGUACGAAGAGGACUUGAAUGCCUUCAAAGAAAAUUUCGGAAAGUGGAUGGUCUUCGCCACGGUUCUGGAAACUGAUGUUUUUGGGGCGAUAGCAGGAACAACGUUCGAACCAGGUUGGCAUUCAAGCUUGAAAUCAAAAAUCAUGAUGGAUGAAAACGAUUUCGAUGAGAAACCAUCAACGAGGAUGGAUGCUUUGGGAAGGUGGGUCCGUAGGGUCAAUCGUCCACUUCCAGAAUUAACGCCCACGUUCCUGAGAAAGGUCAUUGGACGAAAGCAUUACUACGAACUUCUACUCAGAUACCUCCGUCAGGUCCAGAACUUGUACUAUAAGCUGGACGACAUUUUUACGGCCGUACUCAACUUCCUCGAUGCGAGGCUCCAAUACAGUUUGCGCGCCUCGGAUAGAAAUGAGCAGCGGUGUCGUCGGAAAGCUGUGGCUGUAGCCAUACUCAUGAAGGAUUUCGAGGACGAUUUGGAUGCCUUCAAAGAAUCUUUCAACUUCGACAUUAUGGUUAUUGCAACUUAUCAUACAUUCAGCGAUCCGCCUCAGCUUCCGGCGUUUCCUCCUCCAGAGUUAACUCCUCCAGUGCUUUCUCCCCCGACGAUAACUCCACCGGUGCUUUCUCCUCCGCCGUUUUCUCCUCAGACGUUUUCUCCUCCGCUGAUUUCUCCUCCAAUGCUUCCGCCGCCUCCGAUGCUUUCUGCUACGAUACUUCCUCCUCCAAUGCUUAGUUUUGCAAUAAUUCCUCCUCCUCCUCCGCCCCCUCCUCCACCGAUUCCACUCCCCUAUUUCGACCCACCGACGAGCCCUGUGCUCGACACCGAUAGCGAUUACUUUGUCAGCAACCCGUAG